AUGUGGAAGUCGACGCUCACGGCGUUGGCCCUGUGCACAUCUCCAUUUGCAUCUUCACCCCUAGCGGACUUCGCACUGCAAAAAGUCCUGGAAGAUGCAGCCCCGAUAUUUGGACCCUACGCCCACAGGUCAGGAAAUAGGUCGCAAUGGAUGAAACAAUAUCCAGACGAAACAUUGCUGGUUCACAUGAAUAUCCCAGGGACCCAUGACAGCGCCACUUGGAAUUACACUCAGGCCUCGCAAGAUGCGUUGAAAGGCAUCACCGACCUUAACCAGGUUACUGUGCCCGCUCCAAUGACAUUUCGUUGUCAACAGUUAUCUUUGAUCAAUAUGCUUGAUAUGGGCAUACGCGCAUUCGACUUGCGGUAUGCUUACGAUCCCACCAACACCACUCUGAUUUUCUAUCAUUCCAAGGCCCUGCUGUCGGAAAUAGCCACCGUCGACGAUGUUUUGUUUGGAUUUUACCAGUGGCUAGAUGACCACCCUUCGGAGACAGUGUUCCUGUCGCUGCAGUAUGAGAGCUCAACAUCUCCCUAUGCGUCCAACGACGCGACCUUGCAAUUGCUGCUUCAUAAUAUCCUCACUUCCCCAGCUGCUCGUCAGUAUUUUAUUCAAAAUAAAGAUACCCUGGGGAAAUUGGGGGAUGCACGUGGAAAAAUCAAUCUUUUGCGCCGAUUCGAUCUGGAUAAAAUACCACAGUCUUAUACAGACGCGCUCCCUGGACUUCACUUCUCGCCUCGUCUCUGGACUGACAACGGUCAAGAUAUUGAACUAGUUUACAAUGCCGCGGACAAUCUGACUGCUUAUAUCGAGGACUACUACCAGCCCCUCACACCAAUGGGAUCUGAAGCAAAGGAGAAUAUCCGAUGGAAAUACAACGCUACUGUGAAACACAUCCACAAAGCUACCAAGGAGCAUCCGGACAGUUUGUUCUGGACCUUUGCAUCCGCUACAAAUACCCCGAAUGAACCCCCCAUUUGGCCUCGCAUAAUGGCUUUGGGGAACGGCACGGAAUAUACUCCAGUUGGUGGGGUAAACCAGUUCCUGGUUCCUUUUUUGAGAGGACAGAAAGGCAAGCGGGUGGGGAUUGUGAUGUUUGAUUUCUUUGAUCAGCCGUCCGAGCUGAUUGAUACCUUCCUGGAGCUAUAG